GGUGGUCUCUCUUCAGCAUGGGCGCCAUCUUGGACGUACCGGCUGACCCAGAGCCGCCACCGCCACCGCCACCUCCACCAGAGCCGAGUCCGAAGCCAAGGGAGGUGACCCAGGAGAAGCUGUACGAAUGCGUCAACGGUGUGCUCGACUCGGCGGCCAGGAAGCGCCGCAGGUUCCUGGAGACGGUGGACCUGCUGGUCGCGCUCCAGGACUACAACUUCCAGAAGUACAGGCGUGUCAGCGGCGUCGUCAAGCUGCCGCACAUUCUAAAGCCGAACAUGCGGGCCUGCGUGAUCGGCUACCAGGCGGAACGUGAUGAAGCCAGGGCCAACAACUUGGACUUCAUGAAUUGCUGACGAAGCCAAGCAGCUGAAGGGGCGGCGCAAGGCGAUUGAGAAACUCGCGGCAAGGUACGACGCCUUCCUGGCACCAGAGGCGCUGAUGAAAGACCUAAAGCGAGUCUUGGGACCCAUUUUCGCCAAGCAAAGGAGGUGCAUCACGCCGGUGCCGCCAAGCGUGCCAUUGCAUCUCAAAAUCGAAGAGCUCAAGAGCAGCACCAGGAUGUGGAUGAAGAAGGAGAUGUCGUUCAGCAUCUCCGUGGGGCACGUGAAGAUGAGCGCCGACGAGCUGGCCGAGAACGUCAAGGCGACCGAGACCGCACUCCUGGGGCGCAUCGGAAAGAGAUGGGAGACCAUCAACGCCCUGAGCCUCAAGUCGACCAUGGGACCCGCGUUCAAAUUACUGUGACAGGCACUCCAUGUGUACUCCAUGUCACGGAGCCGCCGAAACCGGAAUCCUUGCUGGCAGCCAUGCAUAAAGAGCA